AUGAACACGCUUUUAAAAGUAGGCACACGAGUUGCCAUUAUUUCACCUCGAUUUGUGGCCUCGAGCAGUCAGGCGCCUGAAUUAAACGAAAGACUUAACCUCAAGCCUUCCGGUGAUCCACACAAGUCUUUCUAUCACCGAGACUUAGUAGUGACCCCAGCAACGGGCAGUGAACUACAUAGGAAACCAGGAAUAAACGAAUCACUCAAAUUCGGUCACCACUAUGCUGAUCACAUGGCCUUCGCCGACUGGAAUGAAGAUAGUGGAUGGUCGCACCCUCAGAUUACACCACUCAGGAAUCUCAGUCUACACCCAGGAUCGAAGGUCCUUCAUUACGCUACUGAGCUUUUUGAAGGUAUGAAAGCGUACCGAGGCGUCGACAACAAAAUUCGACUUUUUCGUCCAGAAAAAAACAUGGAUAGAAUGAGGAGAACAGCUCAACGUGCUGCGCUUCCCGAUUUUGAUGCCGAAGAGUUGAUUAAGAUUAUUUGCGAUCAGAUUACUCUUGAUCAAGAAUGGGUUCCAUAUUCUACAACAUCGUCGCUUUACAUUAGACCGACUCUAAUCGGCACCGAUCCUACCCUUGGUGUUGGUUUUUCACCGAGCGCCAAAUUGUUCGUGAUUACCGGUCCUGUUGGUCAGUAUUACUCAACUGGAUUCCAUCCUGUUCGUCUCCUCGCAGAUCCUCAGUACGUGAGAGCUUUCCCAGGAGGUGUCGGUGCAUUCAAAAUGGGAUGCAAUUAUGCACCAACAAUUUUGGUUGGCAAAGAGGCGGCGGAAAGGAACUGCCAACAAGUCCUAUGGUUAUACGGGGAAGAAGAAGAAGUGACUGAAGUGGGAACAAUGAACAUCUUCGUUUACUGGAGGAAUGAAGAAGGAGAGAUGGAACUCAUUACUCCUCCGUUUGAUCGAGGUUUAAUUCUACCUGGGGUUACUCGUGACUCACUUCUGGAGCUGGCACGAGAAUGGGGAGACUUCAAAGUUUCUGAGAAAUCCUUCACAAUGUACGAUGUGAAAAAAGCUCUUGAUGAAGGACGAGUAAGUAUCAGAGUUAGCUUCUGGAAAUGUUCGGUGCCGGCACUGCUUGUGUCGUAUCACCCAUUGAAAGGGGUAUACGAGACUUGGGAAGUCCCAACAAUGAAACAUUCUCCCAACCUCAUGCAGCGGUUUUAUGAGACUAUCAUCGAUAUUCAGUAUGGUCGAAUCGUGCACCCGAUAUGGGCUAGGACAGUUCUGUGA